GACCCCCACAAGACGCCCGCCUCCCCGGUGGUGCACAUCCGAGGCCUGAUCGAUGGCGUCGUGGAGGCCGAUCUUGUGGAGGCCCUGCAGGAGUUCGGCCCCAUCAGCUACGUGGUGGUGAUGCCCAAGAAGAGACAAGCCUUGGUGGAGUUUGAGGACAUCCUUGGCGCCUGCAACGCUGUUAAUUACGCAGCUGACAACCAGAUCUACAUCGCUGGGCACCCUGCCUUCGUCAACUACUCCACCAGCCAGAAGAUAUCCCGCCCCGGGGACACGGAUGAUUCCAGGGGUGUCAACAACGUCCUGCUCUUCACCAUCCUCAACCCCAUUUACUCCAUCACGACGGAUGUGCUGUACACCAUCUGUAACCCCUGUGGCCCUGUGCAGAGGAUUGUUAUCUUCAGGAAAAACGGUGUCCAGGCCAUGGUGGAGUUUGACUCGGUGCAGAGCGCCCAGCGAGCCAAGGCGUCCCUCAACGGGGCCGACAUUUACUCUGGGUGCUGCACGCUGAAGAUCGAAUACGCCAAGCCCACGCGCCUCAACGUCUUCAAGAAUGACCAGGAUACCUGGGAUUACACCAACCCCAACCUCAGCGGACAAGGGUCGCAGUGUAUGUUUGAUGGGACGCCAUCUUUCAGAACUGUGCUAACUCACUCUUGAAGCGUCCAAUGGUAAGAGAAAUACAGAAUUUUUAUAUGACAAUGGACAUUGUACUUUGUACUCCCGCUGUAAGUAGCCCUUUUCAAUCUUUGUAAUCGACUCGGAAUAAACCUGUACGAAACCCGGUCGUGUAAAGGGA